UACCAAUUUUAUGAAGAAAAGAAUACACGUUUGCACAUACUACCAUACCCAUAUACGUAUCCUACCGUAUCAUGUACGGUUAAGCAUUUAACCCACCCACGAUUAGCCCAAUGUGUUUAGACCCUUGAAUCAUGAUCCUUGUUGAUAGGUGCACGCUGCAUUUUCAUGUGUCUAACUUGUACCAAUUCCAUUAUAUAAAUAUUAAAGCCCUUUGUUUUAUAAUUCCAUUUUCCUUCCGUAUCUUGUUUCUUCUCUGCAUCCUUGGGAUCUUUUGCAUAGACCAACCCCAGAAGAAGAAGGAAAAAAAAUAAAAAAAAUAAAAAUCAACCUUUUUGUAAAUACCCACCUUUUGUUCUGCUAAAGAUUCGAUUUUCUAUUUUAAUUUGUUUAUGCUAUUUAUCUUUUUGGAUCCCAAUUGGGUUUGAUCUUACUCUUACUCUUUCAAUUUGGUGAUUGCGUUGUGGUGUUGUUUGUGUUUUAAUUUUCCCUAGAUAAAUCUGAUGUUAUCAAAUUCAUGAAAUCUUGUGAUGAUUAGAUUUUGUUCAGGGUUUGGGUAGGGGGUUAGGUUUAGGGUUUGCUUUGAAUUGGUGUGGUGGUUGGAUUUUGAUCUGGGUAUGCAUGACUUUCCUUGGGAUUUAAUUGGGUUUUGGAAAUUCGAACAUAGUUGAUCCCCAAUCUUUUAUGAUGGGAUUCUUUUCUAUUUCUUCAUUCUAGUGGGUUCUAAUUUUUUGUUUGUUUUGGUGAUUGGAUUGGGGUGCAAUUGGAAUCUCCUACAAUUGCCAUGUUUGUUAUUAAGGCAGGGGUUUCUUGAUGGGAAUCAUAACUAGUUUGCUUGAUGAUCUAUAUAAAAUUCAGUAUUAGAUGCCUUGUUUGGUCAAAUGAGUGGUUCCCUGCUUGUUCUUGAAUCUUGAGAACUUGCAAAACUUUUUGGGUUGAUACUACUGUAUGGUGUUUUGUUUUGUGAUUUUUAAUGUUGUCUAUUGGUUUCUACUUGAUAUUUGAUAUAUGAGCAAAGAAUCAAAUUUGAUACUAUAGUUUGUGAUUCAUCUCCAUUCAAUUGAUUAUAUGUCUCUAAUAGUUCUUAAUGCCUCCAUGCUUUUGGACUAUUGAAGGGUAUUUUGGACAGGCAUCCUGAAUGUGUAAAAUUUGAUGAUCUUAAGUAGCAAUAAUGUGGACACCUAGAUUGCAUUAGAUAGGAAGAAAUCCUGCCUACACCGCUAACCUUACUCUUUGAGGCUAUUAUUGUUAUCAUAAGUUUUUACCUUGACUUGCAUUCUACAAACCCGUCCUGAUAAUGUCUUAUUUGCUUCCCCAAGAACUAAGACCAACAUGCUGUUCAGGAAAAUAAAUCUAGCCACCCAUGAUAUAUUCAGAGAGUUGCUUCUGUAAGAAUAAUGCAUUGAAGCCACUGCAUUUCUUAUUCACUAUCUUGCUUAAUGUUCCUGUAAAUUUUACCCAAUAUCUAGACAGUCUCAUUUCUCCAUCUAUCCCUUUUCAUAGUGUCCAUGGAACUAUGUGAAUUCUGGAUUUUCUUGUUGAGUUUCAGUUCCAUUCGAAUGCACUUCUAGGUUGAAUUACACUAUUACGGACAGCCACUCCUUUGUUUGAUGUUCCUAAGGUACAAAACAACAUAAAUGGGAUUCGUUGACAACCUUAGAGCACAGAAUUGAUCCAUGUUGUGAUCUAGGAUAUUAGAUGAUUCACCAAUGAACAUUUUAGAUAGCAAACUCUCUCAAUAUCAUCUUGUUCAAAGGAUAGUGUUUAGUUGAUGAAAUAGUUUGAUUGGAGUGUCCUUAUUUCUCUGUUUAUAUGCUUCUAUUUCUCACUGCUGAUUCCUAUAUUUUAAAUUUAUUUGAUAUUGAAAUAUAUUGGAUUGAGAUCUUGUGUUACUUAACAUAGUUUUUUUUCCUUCCUUUUUGGUGGUAUACCUGCAGAUUUUGGGCUUGUUGGUGAUUCUGUUGUACAGAAGUGUUCGUUAGUUAUACAUUUGUCCAAGAUUGUAGUAUUCAUUGAUUCAUUUUUUCUAACGUACUUUGGAGCAUUGCAUAAGUGAUUGCCCUGUGAUUCUUUUGUGAAGUCAUCUAAAGGUUCUAUAAUUACAAAUUGAUACUCAGAAGCCUCCGGUAGGGAAUAUAGCUAGAGCUUAUUGCCUUGGUAAGUUUACAAGCAAACAGUAAAGCAUGCUGUUACCCCCUUGUAAUAUAUUUCCUUUCUACAAGUUGCCUUUUGCAUUGCCAUCACUGAAUCAUUGUGUGAACUAUUUAAUUUCCUUGUUUUAUAUGGAUCUCCUUUUUCAUAUUUUCCAUUGAUCACUGUUUAUUAGUCAAAUAUACAUGUUAAAAAUGAAUAUUAACGCUUAGUUUUCUUCUAUGAGUAAGCUGAUUUUAUGAUGAGAAGACUUCUUUUUUUUUGUAUGAGGAGGCUGGAUUUUACAAUGAGCCAGAAAACCUUCUUAAAAGUUUCUACUGUAUGAUAAAUAUUCUUUUGGAAUUUGACUCAUGAAAUGAUAUACUAAUAGUAACUAAAGGAAAGUUCAAUUACAUUGAAAGUUAAAACAUUUGUAUAUCUCAUGUUCAGGUUUUGAUAAAGAUACAAAGAGUAGUUUCGGUGGAUAAGUUUUAUUGUCAUAGACAUACCUAAUCAAAUUAAUUUUGGUUCACUUGUUAAUCAAUGACACUGUUCUAGUAUAAGCCAUUCAGUAUCCUAAUGAUAUGCUGGUUGCAAAUCAAAGAUGAUAUUGUUAUAUUGAUGUCAUCCAUUAGGAACUAUCAAGAAAUAAUGCACUUUUGUUUAAAAUUAUGAAUCAAAUGAUGCUAUUGGGCAACCUAAUAUCUUAGUUAGUGGUACUUUUUGUCAACAGUUUGUUUAGCUAACCAUAUUAUUUUUACUUUUAGUCUUUUAUAUUGAUUUCCUUAUAGUCAAGGAAAUGAAGAUUUCUUUGUCAGGGAAGUUUGAACAUCUGAGGAGUGAAAAAAUUAAGUGUAUUAUACUUCUGAGUCAACAUAAUAGAACCCAAGAUGAGGAUUAUAUGUGGAUGAUCCCAAAUAUCUUGAAUUUUAUUUGUGAUGUUUCUAUUCAUAUUGAAUCAUGAUGAAUUUCAGUUAAAUCUCAAAAUCACGCAGAGAAUCCAAACUUAUAUGUGUUUUAUCAUGUGUGAUAAGGAUAGUCCGUAGGCAUCACUGUUGUGUGAAGAAAAGAGCAAACAUUAUACAAGAUUGAGUCAAAGUCAGUUUUCUCUUUUGUGACUUUUAUUCCAUUUCUAUUGUUGGUAAGGGGUAAGGAAAGGAAAAUAUAAUCAAAUCAAGAGAAAUACAAGGAAAUUGGAUAAAAGGAAGUGAGUUUUAGUCUGUAAGCAAUAUUGUCAUUCAAUCUUGUCACCUUCCUUCUUCCUGUUUUUUAUACAUUCUUGUUCACAUUCAUUACACGAGGACAAAGCUUAAGUAGUUCAUACUAAGUUUAUUAUACCUAGUUUUGUUUGUUACCCUUUUUAUUUUUCUCUAUGCUUGCUCCAAGAUAUAUAGAAUUGUUCUUCUAUUGUUGACCAUGUAUUUUGUUUUUAUGUCAAAGAAUGUGUGCAUGUUGUCUUGUUAUGAAAAAAAAAAUUGUCUGGUACCCUGGUUAUCUGCUUCCUAUUCUAAUGAGUUCAAUAUGUUGAGUAGUUAACACCGUGCGAGGAAGAUGACUGGUGUUAAGAGAAGAUUAUGUAGUGAUUCAGAUAUCCAUGCUCUUCACAAAGAAUUGGAUGAAGUUUCAUGUCCUAUCUGCAUGGACCAUCCACAUAAUGCUGUUCUCCUCCUUUGCAGCUCUCAUGAGAAGGGCUGCAGGUCUUACAUUUGUGAUACCAGUUAUAGGCAUUCAAAUUGCUUGGACCGAUUUAAAAAAAUGAGGGACAAUUCUAAGGAGAACCAAAAUUUACCCAGUACUUUAGGAAACCCAAACAACUCUGGAUCAAGACAGGGUGAUGCCCAAGAUCCAAGUAGACAUUUAGAUCAACAUGAUGAAGGCAUUUUAGAAACUGCUGAUUCUGAGACCUUGCAGGACAGGGCUGUGCUUGAGGAUUUAGAUGUAGAUAAUUCAUCUGAGUCAAAACUGAGCUUGAAAUGUCCUUUAUGUCGAGGCACUGUGUUGGGCUGGGAGGUGAUUGAAGAGGCUAGAAAUUAUCUGAAUAUGAAGAAGAGAAGUUGCUCAAGGGACUCAUGUUCGUUUGUUGGUGAUUAUCUGGAAUUGCGCAGGCAUGCAAGGAGAGUUCAUCCUACUUCUCGCCCCUCUGACAUUGAUCCUACAAGAGAAAGAGCCUGGCGACAUUUUGAGCGCCAGAGAGAAUAUGGUGAUAUUGUGAGUGCUAUUCAGUCUGCCAUGCCAGGAGCUGUGCUAGUCGGGGAUUAUGUUCUGGACAAUGGAGAUGGUAUUGGUAGGUUAUCAGAUGAACGUGAAGGACACAUGGGUAAUGCUAAUGGGCCUUGGUUAACAACCACCAUCUUGUUUCAAAUGAUGGAUAGUACCAUUGAAAUUGUUAGGGAGCCAAGAGCUCAUUCAAGUGCAUGGACAAGGCAUCGUCGUUCAUCUGACCGCAGGCGCUAUCUUUGGGGUGAGAAUUUAUUGGGUCUGAAUGAUAAUGAAGUUGAGGAUGAUCUACGUUUAUUUCGGGAUGUGGGUGAAGAUACAUCUCCCGUGCCAAGGAGGCGUCGACGUUUGACCCGAACAAGGUCCCAUGAAGAUCAACCAUGAUGAUUGCCAUCACUUAUCUGCAUGCAGAACUUGUUCAAAGUUAUGCAUGGGAAAACAUGCAUUCAGGCCUAUGUACCGACUUUGGAACAUGUAGAGUAUGCUGAAGCAGCAAGUUCAGAAUAAAUCAUGGACAAAUAUCCUUAAAACACAAGUUUCACUUAAACAAGGAGAAUCUCUGGAAGGAUGUUUUCAAAGGUUUCUUGAAUUUAAAGGCAUUUUGCCUUGGGAGCACAACUUCUGGAUGAUUGGCAGGUUGUUGCAUAGUUAAUAUUGGUAUUAUGUAUAACAUACUGUGAAUCUACUGUUCAAUCAUUAUUUCUACUAGAUUGAUGUUUGUUUUAAGCUUGGGAUGGGAAUACUAUGUGAUUUUUAUGUGGCACAUUGUAUCUUUAUUUGCUGGCAUGUCACAAUAAAUCUAGGUGAAUGUUGCAUGUUUGUAAAGGCUAUGCU